AUGCCACUACGUCACUCCCCACCAACACACGGAGACUGCCGCGCACCCAUAGAGAAUGUAGUUCGCAGUUUUACGCAAGAUGAGUUACCAGCACCGAAAAUUAUUCUACAGCAUAGUUCAUCAGAACAUGAUGUACAAAACUUAUCGGAUGAGCAUUCUAAUUCUAACUCGAGUGUAUCGAGGCGGUUCAAACGAAAGAGAACCAACACAUCGGAAAUACACUUAAACAAUUUUAUGUCUGAAAUUAGAGGUAUGAUGUCGGAUCUCAAACUUCAACAAGAAUCUCAGAUGGAAAAAAUUCAUGCCGCAAUUGAUGAAAUUAUAUCACAAAACACGGACAUUAGAGCGUCUAUUGAUUUUUUAUCGGCCAAGUAUGAUGCACUCAUAGAGCAGGUUGAUCAUCUUAAGGUUCAAAAUACGCAUCAACAGGAGUAUAUACAAUCUCUUGAACUCAAAUUAGAGAACAUGGAAAGGGGAGUACGUUCAACUUGUCUGGAAAUAAAAAACUUACCUGUUAAUAAAACUGAGUCUAAGUCGAGCUUGAUUGAAACAGUCACCAAGAUUGGUAAGGUCCUAAAUGCCAACAUACUGACCAACGACGUCAAAGACAUUUUUCGUAUCACCACUAGAAACCCAGACAACAAAACUGUCAUUGUAGAUUUUGUGAGCAUUAUUGCUAAAGAUACUGUAAUGAAGGCAUACAGGAAGUAUAAUAAAGAUCACUCCAAGCUUAUGACGGAACAAAUAGGUAUAAGUGGGCCCUCGAAACAAAUUUAUAUCUGUGAAAACCUUACUGCUAAAAUGAAACGCUUAUUUUACCUAACUCGUGUUUUCGCAAGCAGUAAACAAUAUAAAUAUUGUUGGACUACAAAUGGCAAGAUAUUUAUUAGAGAAAAAGAAGGGUCUUCUUACCAUUUAAUAAAAGAUGAAUCGGAUUUAAAAAAAUUGGAUACACCGGUAUGA